ACCAACCCAGUCAUCCACUGCCCUGAUAGGAGCACUUCAACGACGCUACUUUUGAUGCGCUCAUCUACUGACGAAAACAAGCAUAUUUUACCUCUGUGUUUAAAAAAAAUAUAUAGAUUGAGGCGAAAUCAUGUAAAUUGUCUCCUCUUCGUGCUUGGCUUCUUCAAAACGACUGAGCUUGCACGCAAACCGCGGUUUAUUCGAAACAUUAUGAGAACAUGCUGCCGCCCGACUGACUUGUGACAUGGAUCCCGAGGAAGUGGAACUGCAGAACGACUACCGCUACCGCAGCUACGCAGCAGUCAUUGAGAAGGCGCUGCGGAACUUUGAAUCGUCAAGCGAAUGGGCGGAUCUCAUUUCCUCCUUGGGCAAGCUCAACAAGGCCCUACAGAGUAACCUCCGUUACUCCCUCCUUCCCAAGAGGCUCAUCAUCGGCAAGCGUCUGGCCCAAUGCCUGCACCCGGCCUUACCAAGCGGGGUGCACCUCAAGGCUCUGGAGACCUACGAGGUUAUUUUCAAAAUCAUCGGGACCAAAUGGCUGGCCAAGGAUUUGUUCAUUUACAGCUCCGGCUUGUUUCCGCUAUUGGGGCAUGCAGCCAUGGCAGUGAAGCCUGUCUUGCUGACGCUGUACGAGCGUUACUAUCUGCCUCUGCAGAGGGCUUUACUUCCCAGUCUUCAGGCCUUCAUAACAGGACUGCUGCCUGGCCUGGAGGAGGGACUGGAGGUCAAUGACAGGACUGAUGCCCUGCUGCUGAAGUUGUCCCUGCUGGUGGGACAGCAGGUGUUCUAUGGAGCGCUGUGGGGUUCUAUUCUGGUCAGUCCUUUGGUGCGACUGCCCGCUACCGUCUUCAUCGUCGCGCACUUUGACCGCACCGUGCCCCUGCAACAGCAGAAACACAUGCUCGGCUAUGACCAUCGCCUGGUGAUGAAGUCUGUGUGUCUUUCCCUGCAAGACUCAAAUGGACUGGUUCAGAGGAACAUGCUGGAAAUCCUGCUCUUCUUUUUUCCCUUGGCCACAUCCCUGGACCCUUCAGAGGCCAGCAUCGUAAUGAGCAUUGAGGACAUGACCGCAGUGGUUUCUGCUGCUUCACUUACAUUGCUCCGCAGAGACAUGUCACUCAACAGGCGUCUCUAUGCGUGGCUCCUAGGCACAGACAUUAAAGGGGAAAUGGUUGCUCCGCAUCCAACCAUGUCUUCUUCGGCAGAGGAACAUAUGGUGUUUUACUUCAACACAUACUCCAAGGAGCUUAUUGUGCAGGGUCUGAUUAGCAUUCUCAAACAGAAGAAUGUGCAGAGCAAACCGGAGAAUGUGAUUGGCUACCUCAGGCCUUUCCGCAUCAUUAUUAGUUUGCUGGAUAAACCAGAAUUAGGCCCCGCGGUCCUGAGCUGUGUGCUGUUGGAGGUGGUCCGAGCUUUUUACAGCUACUGUCGAGAGAUGCUGGGUGAUGAUGCUUUCACCAGCUCAAAGCUCUCCGGCAACCAGUUAGCUAGCAUGAUAAAAGAGAACAAGAAUGCUUCGGAGAUCAUCAAGACAAUGAAUAUGCUCGUGAGCUCCAUGAACAGUGAUUACCUUUGGGAUUACAUGACCGAGUGCUUCUGCAAGUCUCUCAGCGACGUGGGCGAGCCACCAAAGCCUCAGCGUGACAGCAGUUGUCCGGCUGCCUCUGUCACAGAGAUGUCAAACCUUAUCAUUUUUCUGCUUGAUGUUCUUCCCCUGGAGCUCCAUGCUGAUAUCCAGUCCCACUUCCUUCCUGAGAUGUUGGGCACGAUGCUGCGGUCUGUGCAUGACCACAUGGAAUUUGUUCGCUUGGAGGAUGUCACACAGGGCCUGCGUGCAUGCUUCAAGGUCCUCAGUAAGAUCCAGAUGCCUGUGGCGUUCAUGGAUUUUGAGACAGAAGCCCACACAAAAGAGAUGGAGGUACAAGCGCAAGAAGAAGAUGAAAGGAUUACUCAGGAUUUAGAGAAGGUAGGAGAGAAAGAAGACAGAGUCGCUGAAGGCAAUGGUCACCACGGAGACGACGAGCUGAACAGAGAUGCGGAUGAGGCCGAGCCUGCAGAGGAGGCCUACCCGACACUCCGCUCAGAGGACAGCGGGCUGGGCAUCAGUGCAUCGCCAUCCGAGCAGCAACUUCCACCCUCCAUGAUCUCCGGCGGGAAUGGUAAUGGGGUGUGGAGAAGGGGUGGUAGUGUCGACACCACAACCCAAUGUCUGCAGGACAUCCUCGCUUUUAUAGCCACGAGACACCUGCUGGUACAGGUGGAAGAUGUUCCAGCACAGGACGGAAAGCCCAAGACUGACGUUCCAACUGCACCUGUGGAGAAUAACACUUUAUUACGAAGCAUAAACGGACUGGAAAUUAAAGACAAACUCACAGAGCUGUUCAGCCCAAGCAAGUCAAAACAUCAGCACGCAUCUGAGGUCCAACAAGCAGAAAAGAAAAAAGAGCCCGGCACUUGUCUGGACUGGGCUGCCGGGUACCGGCCGCGAAGCAAAGCCGAGAUCAACGAGGCGUGUCGGCAGGCCUUCACUGCCGCAUGCCACCUGCUUCUGGAGUGCACCACCUUCCCGGUUUACCUAAGCGAAGAGGAGGCCCUGGCUCUCCACACGGACAUGUUUGACCAAGCAGGAGGUGCCAAGAAACGUUUGUCUGGUUGGCUGAGGUCUUUGAUGACACUGUGCUGCAUGUCAAGGGACUACAAAAUCCAGCACACCGCAAUAUCCUCUCUGUUGGAGCUCAUUAACUACUCCCAGUCCCUAGCACUGGUCAUCCAGGACAAGCGAAGGCGCUACCAGAGCUGCGACGCCAAUCCGCUGAGCGGGCAGCUGCAAAUGAUCACCGCGCCCCCGAUUUAUCCCGCUGUGCUUUGCAACAUAGAAGAGGACACUGACUUUUACCAGAGGCUGGCCGUGGUGCUUUGGAGCCAGCUGGACACAGAGCGUCGAGAGCAGCACACCGCCUGCGUCGAGCUCUUUUACCGUCUUCACUGUUUGGCUCCGUCAGGGAACAUCUGCGAAGACAUUAUCUGCCAGGCGCUGUCGCACAGCGAGAAGGCUGUUCGGCUCGAAGCCCUGCAUCGCUUCUCGAUCCUCUGGCACUUGACCCGCGAGAUCCACUUAAACAGGAACUGCCGCUCUUUUGACAGGUCGCUGUGUGUUGUCGUGGAGAGUCUCAGCUGCACGGACGGCUCAAUAAGUGCAGCUGCACAGUGCUGGCUAGCACGAGCUCUGUCCCUCAACGACGUGAACCGGAUCCUAGAGCCCAUCCUGCUCUUGCUGCUUCACCCGUCCACUCAGCGCUGCUCCAUUCAGGCCGUCAAACAAAACGUCACAGCUGGCAACCUCAAGAUUCUAAAUAACAGAAGUCGUUUGUCUGCCAAAGCAGUGCAUGCCGUGGAUACUGAAAGCAAGAUCCUGAAUCUCGGAAAUGUCAUAGACCGAGAAUCCCUCUGGCUACAAUUAGACAGCGGCGUCGAGUUGUCCAAUCUAGGCGACGCUUUGAUAGCAUCCAGGAGCGAGAGCGAAGAGACCGAGGAGGAGGACCGAGAGGAAGAUGAAGACGAGGCCGUCAAGAGUGAGAACACGGAAUCGGCCGACACCAGCGGCGCCCAAGUGUCUACGGAGAAUUCCGGCUCUGCCACUGAGGAUGGAGGACUGGUCAACGGCCUGCAAAGAGUAGAGUCCGAGCGUACGCUGGCGUCCGAUUCGCUGUCGAGCGAGGAUGACGAGGAUCUGGAGUUGGAGGCUAUGGCCAGAUCUCGUUUGUUAAAACAAGAGCGUGAGAAGAAAGAGGCCAUUGGUUCGCUGUUCCAUCAUGUGCUUCUGUAUCAGACGGCGGGCGGUUGGCGCCAUCUGCUCCAAGGCUUGGCGCUGCUCGACAGUCUGCUGAGAAGCAGCGCCGAGUGUCCUCUAGUGGAGGCGCUCUCCUCCACCUCUCUGGACACCAGCUCUGCCGCACACCUAAACCUGGUUUCCAACCUCCUGCAGCGCCACGAGCAAGCUCAGGAUGGCUUGAACUUCUACGGCGGUUUACUUUCCCCUUCGUCCUCCCGCUCCACGCCCCCUUCUCUGCUCAUCGAGCUGCUGAUGAACUUGUGCCUGCGAUUCCUCCGCUCCCAUUACUUGUCCUACCAGAGCCUCGGACCUCUCGACUUGCAGGGCAAUCGAGACGUUCAGGUGAAGAGCGUGGAAGUGCUGACGCGUAUGGUGAACCAGCUCACUUGCAUGGCACAAGGAAAGGAGAGCAGCCUGGAGCACAUUCGCACACUAUUCGCUGGUUGUAAAGUGCAGCAAUAUGCUUUACUUACACUUUCAGCUUCUAUGUAUAUAAGCCAAAGAGGAACGGACAAGGGAACAUCCAAGGGUCAUGAGAUGUUGGAUGAAGAAGGCGGACUAUCAGAGGAGAGUCUCUUGAACGUCGGGAAAGGAGAAGGGCAGGAGCAAUAUCCGUUACAGAUGGAAUUGCUCAAACUGCUUCAGGCUCUCAUAAUCUUGGAGUACCACGUGUGGCCCAGUGGCGCUGGAUCCGGCGGGACUUCCGGUCAACCUGCGGAAUCCCCGACCGGCAGUAACCCCCUUACCCGGGGUUGGCAAACGGCCGUCCUGUUCCAGCAGUCCAUCAAGGCAGCCCAGUACGUCCAAAGCCACCCCAUCACCGCCCAGGGAAUGUUCGUUUCCGCCGCUGCCAGGGCUCUGCAGGCGCAAUACGGCUAUGCCAUGCAUCCCCACUGGGUGGCGCUGCUGUGCUCCACCCUGCCUUACUUGGGCCGCUCAUUGGGCAUCAUUGUGGCUCCCCUCAUCAAUCAGAUUUGCAGGAACUUGGAUGAACUGGUGAAGCUUUAUGAGCAUGAUGGGCGAACAAAUCAGAGUGCAACUGGAAGAAGACGGGAGAACAUUGCACCAGACUACCUUCUGACUCUUCUAGAAGGCUUGACCACCAUUACACACUACUGUCUUCUGGACAACAAGAGGACCUCGGUUCCCUGCGAUUCCGUUGACAUCCGUAACGCACGCAGCGCCGUGCUGGAAGCGCUGCCGUGCAUGCUCAAUAGCAUGGCGUUGCUAUGGGGAGUGGUGAUGAAGGAAGAGCUCCACAAACGGGGGGCGUCCGACUCGACGCAAAGCAGCACGCACAGUUCAUCUGUCUUCUUUAAGAGCACCAAGAUUUUACGUCAGCGGAUAUUACAGUUCUUGGUUCCUCUGACUGGCCAAUAUGGGGUUCCGCUAAUGGCUUCACUGGGAGCAGCCUGGAGUAACAGGAAGAGUAAAAGGAGAAACACAACCAAUGUUUUACCUGUGGCCAACGAGUCUCAUCUGACAAUUGUAGAGCUGGUGAAAUCAUUGAACACCUUGCACACAGACAUAAUCUUGCACUUGGUCAAGGAAGUGGUCAAAAAGCCACACCAGCUGAAAGGGGAUCAGAAGUCAACCCUGGUAGACAUCCCCAUACUGCAGUUCACUUACACUUACAUCAAGAGUGUUACAGCACAAGCCUUGCAGGAGAACAUUGCCCCUCUCCUCAGUCUGCUACGGGAGUCCGUCCCACUGAACCUGGCUCCCCCUGGCCACUUCUUACUCCUGGGCAUCCUCAAUGAAGUUGUCAACCGACUCCCCAACUUGGACAAUAAGAAGGACACACGAGAUCUGCAGGAGGUUACUCAGCGCAUCCUGGAGGCUGUGGGUGGAAUCGCGGGUUCGUCUCUCGAGCAGACCAGUUGGCUGAGCCGCAGCCUGGAGGUCAAAGUGCAGCCGCAGGUGUGCGCCGAAACGGACGAGCCGGAUGACGUGGAUACGGACGCCGAUCACUGUGAGUCGAUGGCUCAAGCCAGCACCAUGGUUUCAUCCUCGGCUCCCUCAGUGUACAGCGUGCAGGCCCUUGUGCUCCUGGCAGAGGUCUUGGCACCACUUCUUGAUAUGGUGUACCGCAGUGACGAGAAGGAGAAAGCGGUGCCUCUCAUCUCUCGUCUCAUGUACUAUGUUUUCCCCUACUUGAAGAAUCACAGUGCCUACAACAUGCCCAGCUUUGAGGCAGGAGCCCAGCUGUUGAGCAGCCUGAGUGGCUAUGCCUACACAAAGAGAGCCUGGAGGAAAGAAGUCUUUGAGCUCUUCAUGGAUCCACUUUUCUUCACAAUGGAUGCCUCCUGUGGACCCAGUUGGAAAGCCGUAAUCGACCACUUGCUGACUCAUGAGAAGACCAUGUUUAAAGACCUCAUGAGCAUGCAGAGUGGCUCCCUGAAGCUGUUUGCCAAUGUCGAGCAGAAACCAAUGCUCCUCAAGCGCCAGGCGUUCGCAAUGUUCAGUGGGGAACUCGAUCAGUAUCAUCUCUAUCUACCCCUCAUCCAAGAACGCCUCACGGAAGCCUUACGAAUGAAUCCCAGCCCCGCUGUUUCCGCUCAGAUAUUCCUGAUGUUCCGUGUUCUCCUGCUGCGGAUUUCGUCUCAGCACCUGACAUCUCUUUGGCCGAUCAUGGUCACAGAGCUGAUUCGCACGUUUUCACGUCUCGAGAAAGCUCUGCUGGUGGAUAAAGAUGUCUCAAAGCUGACUAAAGUCGUACGCGGAGCCCUGGACAGAAACGCUCCUGUGAAUUUCUCCCAGGCAGAGUUGGACAUGUACCUGUCAGCUUGCAAGUUUCUGGACACAUCCUUAGCCUUCCCCCCGGAGAAAAUACCAAUCUUUCAGAUGUAUCGUUGGGCGUUUGUUCCAGAAGUAGACGUGAACCACUACAGCGGUCCGGAAAGUGCACUGAUAGAGGGCCAACAGGAGUGCAAGCCCCACGUUGUCCGAGUCCUGGAAGGCAUACAACAACGCUAUGGGGCAAGCAACGGGCUGAGUGAGGAAUCUUCUACCGAGCACCUGGAAUUCCCACUCCUCACCCAGUGUUCCUUGUCUUCCAUCACACACUUGUUGCCUUUCCUUUUUACCCUGUGCUGUUCCUUCCAAGGCCCUCCCAUUCACAGCCACUCACCGGCCCCAGUUCAAGUAGCAGACUACCCUGCAGCUAAUUCAGACGCCGUGCUGGACAGGCUUGAGUGUAUCAUUGAGGAAGAGUUCCUGGACGACAUGGAGAAUUGAGUGGAAUGGAACUCCAUUCCAAGUGCAUGAGUGUUAACUGCUACUUAUGAAAGUUGGCUUGGAAUUUCUUUUAAAUGUUUUAACAAAUCUGCACAUAAAUACACCGAAUCUAUAUUUAAAAAGCAGAAAGGCUGUGCGGUAAACUACUCCAUUGGGCUUUUCAGGUUAAAUAUAUUUAGUCAGCAUAUGUCACAAAUGACCAACUGGAAUGUUGCCCUCACCUAUGUUUUUUUUUUUUUUAAAUAUGGAACCAAUGUGGAUUUGUUCUCAAAAUGAUCGCAUAGUUGUAUUUUGGCCACUCACACCUUUAAAUUGUGGUGUUGGAGUGUGUGCACCUUUUGAAUAUUCUGUAUCCGUGUACUUGAAUGCAAAUUGUGAGAGCCACCAGAUUUCGAGACUAAACAUUCUUGUUCUAAUGUCUGACCGUGAGAAUGUUCUGUUUUAUCUCGAGGAAUCGAUAUCUCUUGAUUGUUUUUGGACCUCAAACCCCCUAGUUAAUACUUAGAUUUUAUGUUGUUUACAUGCCGUUAGGGGUAUUAAGGGAAAUCCGUUGUAAGUGUUCCAAGAUAGGUUUUACAAAUUCUUGCUAUCUUUUACCCUUGUCUAUGUUAAAACGUCAUUGUUUAAAUUAUUCCAAAAUGUUGAAAGGAUCUUGUCAAAGUUGAAAUAAAAAACGUUCUAAAUGAA